AUGAAUAUCGAUCUAGAAAAUGCUGUUUGUUAUGAUCAAGAACAACGAAGUAAAAGAUACAAAAAGAAUCACUCAAAUGCUCGUACUCCUACUGAUCUCGCUCAAGAAACAGAAGAAUCGUUUUAUUUACCCAAAUGCCCAUUAACUGAAGAAUUUUCUCAUUGUUCUAAAUUACAUGAUUUACAAGAAGAGGUACAAGUUAUUAUAGAUGAAGAUGAUGAUCGUAUUGAUGAUGCUUUACCUUUUUAUAAAGAUCAAGAUGAAAGUUUGAAUGAAAAUUAUUGUAUUGAUUCUGAUGCUGUGGGUGGUAUGAUAAAUUGUGAAUACAAUGAAUGCAAUAAUAAUGAUUUUAACAUUGAUGAUGCUACGGAUUGUUCAACAUCUGACAAUGAUAGCAGUGAAACAGAAAGUGAAGAAGUAUGUUUGCACGAAUAUACAAACGUUUCAACUAUAUAUUAUUGUACUGAUCUAUUGAAUUAUUUACGUGCUGCAGAUAUUUCCAAAUCACAUUCAACACAUCUCAUUACAUUGAUUAAAUCGAUUUUGCCUACGCCUAAUCACCUUCCUGCUACAAUGGAUGAUCUUUUGUUGUUUAUGAAUAUUGAUAAUUUAUUUUCUAGACGAUCAAUCUGUCUAAUAUGCAAAGGAGAUUUAGAAUAUAAACAAAGAAAAUGUUUAAACUGUAAAUGUUGUGAUGAAAAAUCAAUAGCCGAUAUUUAUGACAUUAACUUGAAAGACGUCUUCACCAAAUUAGUUAAACGUUUAACACCUAUUAUUGAAGAAUACAAACAAAAAAUCUAUAAUAAUAUCGACGAACAAGAAACACAAGAUAUUCUGUUCGGAUAUUUGUAUGGAGAAUUAUUAAAGGAGUAUUCUUCAGAAAAUAUUCUUAGCCUCAUACUUCAUCUCGAUGGCGUUGGUCUUACUCGUUCAAGUAAAUUAAAAAUGUGGCUAUUCAGUGGGUCGAUCGUCGAGUUACCACCAAUUUUUCGAUAUCGUCGUUAUAACAUGAUUUUAAUGUCAAUAUGGGUGGCGUAUACUGAACCUAAGCCGGAUUUAUGGCUCCGACCAAUUAUUUCACAAAUCCAAUCGUUGAAAAUGCAAGGUAUUGAUCUUUUUAUAGCUUAA